AUGAGCCAGCGUCAUAUACUACCAGCACAGCAGCGGGUGGAGUUAAAUAAGUCGAUAUAUGAUUAUGUGGAUCGAUGUGGGGCGGAAGAGAGGUUUCUUGUGGAAUUAAGGGAUGUGUUAGAGUUGAGUGAGGCGGAUUGUGAUGCUGUGGGAAAUGGUAGGGAUGCGGAUUUGCUUUUGAAGAAGUGGAAUUCGAUCAUACGGUUACAUAGGAAGAUUAUUGAUUUGGAGCAGAAGUGUCAGCAGCUUACAGAUGAGUUGGAGGCUAUACCGACAGAGGCGUACAGGGAGGCGGAGAGGUCGGACAACAAUGCGAUGUGGAUGCCCAGGGCUAAUGCGACGUUUCAAUUGGACUUGGGUAGUUCUGUUACGGAUAUCAAAUUGCAUCCUUCGUUGCCGGUUGUAUUUUUGGCGACGGAUCAGGGGAAGAUGGUUGCGUACGAUCUUUUUAAUCGGUCGAUGCCGUUGCAUUCUACGCAGGCGCAUAUGAAGGGGAUUACUUCUUUGGCACUAGUUGAGACUGCGGAGGGGGGUCUUUUAGUGUCUACUACGUCGAAGGAUUUGCAGUGCAAGAUCUGGUCGUUCACAGACAAUGCGGGUUUCCAGCCGAAUCGAACAUUGUCGUCGCAUGAGCAUAUAGUGUCACAGUCGCGUUUUCUAAGGUCGGGCACCGAUUUGCUCUUGGUAACGUGUUCUAGGGAUUUGACGGUGAAGGUUUGGGAUACCAAGAGCGGAUGGUGUGUCAAAUCGUUUCAACCGCAUAACCAGUGGAUCCGCACUUUGGAUGUUCAUGGUGAUUUUAUUAUCACAGGAUCCAAUGAUUCAUCUCUUCGGUUAUCGCAUUGGCCUAGUGGGAACGGUCUUUCGAUGGCCACUUUGCAUGAGUUCCCAAUAGAGAAGGUUUUGAUUAUUCCAAUGUCAGAUCCUCCUGCAUCAAAUAAUACUGCUAAUGGUAAACCAACUACCGUACCCUUAGAACUCACAAAUUUUGAUCCCGAUUAUGGUUUAUUAGGUUUCAAAUAUUGCAUAUCAUGUUCCAGGGAUAAUCUCAUAAUCCUAUGGAAGAUUCCUCUACCAAAAUUCAUUCCUCAUAGACCGCCACAACCAAACCCGUUACAGACUCAAUUCGAAAAAGUUAAUAUUUUUAAAGGGCAUACCUCAUGGGUUCGAGAUAUAAAGGUGAGAGGAAGUCACUUAUUUUCGUGUAGUGAUGAUAGGUCCAUUAGGUGCUGGGACCUCGUCACUGGAGAAUGCGUAAAAGUUUGGCCUGAAGCGAGCCAAGGCUUCAUUAACUGUCUAUCGGUUGACAGUGAUGUGACCAAGGACAAGUUACUAAGAGAUUUGCUCCUAUUGGGCAGCAUAGACGGCAAGUGUAACGUUUUCAUGAAGUAG